GCUGUGGUCGGGGCUCGGGACCGGCUGCCAUCUUAGUCGAGGGACUGUGGAGUCGACGCCGCCCCAAGUCCCGGUAACAUGCAUUUCACAGUGGCCUUCUGGAGACAACGCCUUAAUCCAAAGAAGUGACUCAAACAGUGAGAAGUUCAGGUUUGCUGUCCUAUUGGUGGUAUGUCUGACAGUGGAUCACAACUUGGUUCAAUGGGUAGUCUGACCAUGAAAUCACAACUUCAGAUCACUGUCAUCUCAGCAAAACUUAAAGAAAAUAAAAAGAAUUGGUUUGGUCCAAGUCCUUAUGUGGAAGUCACAGUAGAUGGACAGUCAAAGAAGACUGAAAAAUGCAGUAAUACAAACAGUCCCAAAUGGAAGCAACCUCUUACAGUUAUCGUUACCCCUGUGAGUAAAUUACAUUUUCGUGUGUGGAGUCACCAGACGCUGAAAUCUGAUGUUUUGUUGGGAACUGCUGCAUUAGAUAUUUAUGAAACAUUAAAGUCAAACAAUAUGAAACUUGAGGAAGUGGUUGUGACUUUGCAGCUUGUAGGUGACAAAGAGCCAACAGAUACUAUAGGAGAUUUGUCAAUUUGUCUUGAUGGGCUGCAGUUAGACUCUGAAGUUGUUACUAAUGGUGAAACUACAUUUUCAGAAAGUGCUUCCCAGAAUGAUGAUGGCUCCAGACCCAAGGAUGAAACAAGAAUGAACACAAAUGGAUCAGAUGACCCUGAGGAUGCAGGGUCUGGUGAAAACAGGAGAGUCAAUGGGAGUAAUUCUCCGUCACUCUCAAAUGGCGGUUUUAAACCUUCUAGGCCUCCGAGACCUUCACGACCACCUCCACCCACCCCACGUAGACCUGCAUCUGUCAAUGGUUCACCAUCUGCCACUUCUGAAAGUGAUGGAUCUAGUACAGGCUCUCUACCACCAACAAAUACAAAUACAAAUACAUCUGAAGGAGCAGCAUCCGGAUUAAUAAUUCCUCUCACUAUAUCUGGAGGCUCAGGCCCUAGGCCAUUAAAUCCUAUAACUCAAGCUCCCCUCCCACCUGGUCUUCACAAAAUUGCAGCGACAAGAUUAAGGCGGGUUGACAACAUGGGACGUAUUUAUUAUGUUGACCAUUUCACAAGAACAACAACAUGGCAGAGGCCAACGCUGGAAUCCGUCCGGAACUAUGAACAGUGGCAGCUACAACGUAGUCAACUUCAAGGAGCAAUGCAGCAGUUUAACCAGCGAUUCAUUUAUGGGAAUCAAGAUUUGUUUGCUACAUCACAAAAUAAAGAAUUUGAUCCCCUUGGUCCUUUGCCACCUGGAUGGGAGAAGAGAACGGACAGCAAUGGUAGAGUAUACUUUGUCAACCACAACACUCGAAUUACGCAAUGGGAAGACCCCAGAAGUCAAGGUCAAUUAAAUGAAAAGCCCUUACCUGAAGGCUGGGAAAUGAGAUUCACAGUGGACGGAAUUCCAUAUUUUGUGGACCACAAUAGAAGAACAACCACCUAUAUAGAUCCCCGCACAGGAAAAUCUGCCCUAGACAAUGGACCCCAGAUAGCCUAUGUUCGGGACUUCAAGGCAAAGGUUCAGUAUUUCCGGUUCUGGUGUCAGCAACUGGCUAUGCCACAGCACAUAAAGAUUACAGUAACAAGAAAAACAUUGUUUGAGGAUUCCUUUCAACAGAUAAUGAGCUUCAGUCCCCAAGAUCUGCGAAGACGUUUGUGGGUGAUUUUUCCAGGAGAAGAAGGUUUAGAUUAUGGAGGUGUAGCAAGAGAAUGGUUCUUUCUUUUGUCACAUGAAGUGUUGAACCCAAUGUAUUGCCUGUUUGAAUAUGCAGGAAAGGAUAACUACUGCUUGCAGAUAAACCCCGCUUCUUAUAUCAAUCCAGAUCACCUGAAAUACUUUCGUUUUAUUGGCAGAUUUAUUGCCAUGGCUCUGUUCCAUGGGAAAUUCAUAGACACGGGUUUUUCUUUACCAUUCUAUAAGCGUAUCUUGAACAAACCAGUUGGACUCAAGGAUUUAGAAUCUAUUGAUCCAGAAUUUUACAAUUCUCUCAUCUGGGUUAAAGAAAACAAUAUUGAGGAAUGUGGUUUGGAAAUGUACUUCUCCGUUGAUAAAGAAAUCCUAGGUGAAAUUAAGAGUCAUGACUUGAAACCCAAUGGUGGCAAUAUUCUUGUAACAGAAGAAAAUAAAGAGGAAUACAUCAGAAUGGUAGCUGAAUGGAGGUUGUCUCGAGGUGUUGAAGAACAGACACAAGCUUUCUUUGAGGGCUUUAAUGAAAUACUUCCGCAGCAGUAUUUGCAAUACUUUGAUGCAAAGGAAUUAGAGGUCCUUUUAUGUGGAAUGCAAGAAAUUGACUUGAAUGACUGGCAAAGACAUGCCAUCUACCGUCAUUACACUAGGACGAGCAAGCAGAUUAUGUGGUUUUGGCAGUUCGUUAAAGAAAUCGAUAAUGAGAAGAGAAUGAGACUUCUGCAGUUUGUUACUGGAACCUGCCGAUUACCAGUAGGAGGAUUUGCUGACCUCAUGGGGAGCAAUGGACCACAGAAAUUCUGCAUUGAAAAAGUUGGGAAAGAAAAUUGGUUGCCCAGAAGUCAUACCUGGGAAGCCUCUGUGACUGGGUCAUAUAGACUUCUGCCACUGCUUUUUGUAAGUGGCAAAUUACAGUUUGUCUAUACUGUGGAGUGGGUAGAAAAAACUAGAAAGAUCUACUCAGGUGAGAUUGGAUUUGGUACCUAUGUUGAAGAUGAUGUCGGCAGGGACCACUGA